AUGUGGUCUUCUGUGGGUGCGUGUCCGCGCAGCCGGCACCGUGUGCGGCGCAGGGUCAUUGCGGCUGUGCGUGUGGCGCUGCUCGUUGUGUUGGCGCUGGUUGCUGCGGCGGCGUGGAUGCCCGCGGUGCAUGCGGUGGUGUUGCGACUGCGGGGCGGCACGGUGGACAGAGCCAUCAUGGUUGGCCGCGCCGUGGGCACGGUGCUGAUGGACGGCGUGUACAUCACGAACGGCGUGGCUGUGGUGUUCGACGUGCCGGCGAUGCUUCCCGGCUCGCUGCGCAUUGAAAUGAGGGACUGCGUCUGCGACGGCGGUGCGCAGAUCUACGUGCGGGGCUACAGCGGUGAGCCGGCGAGUGACCGGAGCCUGGAGGUGAGCGUGAGCGGGCUGUCCGGCGGCUACUGCUCGCUCGUGUUUGUGGAGAACCUUCCGGCACACACGAACGUGACGGUCCGCGACUCGAAGAUUGUGACGGCGGGACCGAUGCGCUACUCGCAGCUGAGCGGGCUGACGUACGCGGUGGCGUCGCCGCUUGUGCUGUACGCGACCUCGCUGUCGCUGACGCAGCUGCGUGUGAGCAACACUGUGCUGAGGUCGUUGCAGGCGGGCGGGUCGGCGGUGUACGUUGGCGGCGGCGUGGACCUGCUGUCGAGCGCGGUGGUGCUUGACGGCGUGUUGCUGGAGGCGUCGGGCGGUGCGACCGCGUCCGCGAUGCAUGUGGCGUCCUCGUCGCGUCUCAGUCUGCGGAGCCACUCGGUGUUAUCCGUGACGAACGUGUCGGUUGUGAGCAGCGGCGGCGGCUUUGUGCUUGGAGAGCGCCUUGCGCUGUCCGACUCGGUGCUGCGCUUCGUGGGCGUUGAGGGGUCUGUUGCGUCGUCGCUUGUGCGCUGCGACGGUGGGACGGUCAGUGCCGGCGGGUGGCUGGACCUGCACGACGUGUGGGCGGUGGGCGAGGCGUCGUCUGUGGCGUCGCUGUCGGGGGUGACGCUGAGCGGCGGCACCGUGUCGAUUGCGCGCUGCGCUGCCAUCGGCGCGACGCUUGUCUCCGGGCUGGCGAUCACGAGCGGCGUCGUGUCGGUGCAGUGCAACCGUGCCGGCGGCCGGGUGCUGCAGAGCAGCGGUGACUACCGCAUGGCCGGCCUGCCCUCCGUGAGCGUGGUGCCGUGCGACGGCUGUGCGGCUGCGCUGGCAUGCUUCGAUGCGCUGACGGCGUCGUUCACUGACUGCGUGUGCGGCUGCCGUGCCGGCGGUGUGGGCGAGGCGUGCCUGCCGUUCGACGUGCCGCCUGCGAGGGCCGGCGGCGGUGGUGGCGGCGCGGAGGACUGCGUGAGUGGCGUGACGCUGACGGAGUCGGUGACGUUCGGCGGUGGGCGGGCGACGGCGUGCUUCGACUCGGCGGUGUUCAGCGGGCCGAUCACUGUGGCGGUGGACCUGCGCUCGAUGGAUGCGUUCGCUGACGCGCUGAACGUGACGCUGCGCCACUGCGUGCUUGAGGGCGGCGCGCAGCUGCGAAUUGGUGGCCUCAGCGAGAGCACGGCACGCCUGAUGCCCCACGCUUUCGUCAACAUGACGAAUGUAACGUCGCUGGAGGGCACGAUCGUGCUGCAUGGCGCGAUGCCGCUGCACUCGAGUGUGCUGCUGGCGAACUCAACGCUGCGUGCGACGGUUGGCGGGUCGCAGUACGUGCCGACGACCCGUGGCCACGAGGGAUUUCGGUGCGGCCCCGCGCUUGUCCUGGACGGUGUCCGGCUUCUGUCGACGCGGUUUGUCAUGACGCGGUCGACGCUGGUGUGUGGCGGGGGUUUGUGCGCUGCGAUCCUUGUGGAGCGCGGCCUUUGCGCCAACCUGUCCAGCGUAUUCUACAUGGACAACUGCGUUGUCAUGUCGCGGACGCACGUAAUGUACGCUCUUACGUCGGAACUGCGUGUUGUCGGCGGCUCUGUGUUCUCCAUACAGAACAGCUCGUGGAGUGCGCCGAGCAUUGGCUUCUACGAAGGCGCGUGUGUGUUCAAGGAUGUUGUUGUGGAUAGCGGCAGCGUGCUGCAGAUUGUGUCCAGCAUUUUCCGUCUUGGCUUUGCCAUGCUCAUGGCAAACACACUGACCGUGGUUGGUGGCAGCUGGCUGGUGCACCGCAACAACGAGUUCCACACCGCCUACGUUGUGUACGUGGACAGCGGAAACGGCGUUGCGUUCCGCGAUCAGAGUGUGUGGUCGAUACUUGACAACAACUUCACGUACGGCUCGUACUCGUCAAAAAUUGUAAGUAUGACAAGCAACUGGUCACCACCAUCCGACUCGCACCCGACCAUCUACGGCGUGUGCAACGAGGCAAGGGGCUCUCCCGUGACGGAUUACGGAGUCGUCCUCAAUAUUGGAGCUCCCGUGAUGGUGUUGGACUGCGGUGCGUGCACCAUGGACGCCGUGUGCUUCGCUGCGAGGACGAGCAGCAUCAGCGGCUGUGUGUGUGUGUGCGCUGCUGGCGGCUACGGUGACACGUGUCUGCCAGCUGCGGUUCCGGACGGCCUUGGGUCUCUCCCGCUUCCCGAUGCGAAGGACACGGAGGUCCGCUGCGUGCACGGUGGCAGCAUCGACUCUUUGGACGUUCCUGAUCCCGGCGUGCGUGGUUUGUGCUUCGUCAACGUGACCUUCACCGCUGCGAUUGCGCUGGACCUGUCGUAUUUUGACGCGCCACAGCAGACACUCAACAUCACGCUGCUGCAGUGCGUCCUCAUGGGCCUGUCGAUCAAGGGGAGUGGUGCGCGCGUGCAUGUGAGCGUGGUCUCCUCGAUGAUGGAUUCCGGAGUGUUGGAGCUUGAGGGUAGUUUUGGUGCGAGCUCCCAGAUACUGGUGGCGGGCAGUACGCUUGUGUCGACGUGGAGACACGCCAUUGCCUUUCCGGAAUUUUUCCUCGGUGCGAACUCGACGCUGCUGCUGCUUGACAACUACAUCGAGGGGAGUAGUUACGCAGUUUAUUUCAUCGAUGCUGUUUUUGUUGAUGGUGGCGGGAUUAUUGUGAAGGGAAAUACACUGAGGGCAACGGAGAAUAACGGUGCGGAAUCAGCCGUUCGCGUUUACGCUGUUGUUAUGAAGAACGGAGGCUACUUUGACGUGGAGAACAACACGAUGAGCGCGGUAAAUGGCAUUUAUCUUUUUGGGGAUACCACCGUGAGGUCCGCGGGGCUGCUGCGAGUGGCGGACUGCACUUUCAUUGGCAGGACGGAAUUUUUUGAUCCCGCGCUGGUGUAUUUGUCUGGCUCGGUGACACUCGAGGGCGGUGCGCAGUGGCGUGUGGAGAGCAACAGCGUGGGUGCGGCCUCAGUAUUAACUAUUCCGUAUUCCGGGCUCAAGCUUCAGCUGUCGGGCAGCGGCACCACCGUGGCGCUAUCAAACAACCGUCAGGUGGAGGGAAGCGCAGUCUUUGCCAAGCUUCUUCCACCGAACACGAUUGUGGAGUUACCCGCGCGGUUUGUGGUGGGGUGCAACCUGCAGGGCGAUGAGGAGUUGUCCUACGACGGUGUGUUUCCGGGAGAAGUGGUGCUGUUCAGGUGCGGCGCAUGCGACGACGACGCGGCGUGCUACAUGCCCGGGACGGAGUCGGUGGACCGCGGCUCGUGCUCGUGCAGCUGCAAGGACGGAUGGCACGGCGCGUCGUGUCUUCCCCUCGAGGUGCCCGACACCAUUGCGCUGCCCUUGCCGGAGAGAGCCGUCGACGGCGACACGAGCUGCGUGGUGAACCAGACGCUGACGAGCCUCGCGCUGAACAUGUGGAAGACGCACCACUGCUACGUGGGUGUGACAUUCAGCGGCGUGGGUGCCGUGCUGACGUUCUCUCUUAACAGUAUGCCACUGCAUCUCCCCAUUAACAUCACGCUCAAUGGGUGCACAUUCCGCGAGGGUGCCGUGCUGCAGUUUGUUGGGGGUGCUGAGGCGGCGGAGUCAUCCGGCGUCCUUAUCCGCGUGAGCCGGACGGUGAUGCGUUCCUCUGCCGUUGCUUUUAUACGUGCCUUCCCGCAGCACUGCGACAUCGCCGUCACGGAGGUUGAUGCGGUGCAGACCUUCGAGUUCGACUUACCGGGCACUGUGAGCAAGAAGCUGAGCGUAUUGCUGCUGAGGAACGUCGUGCUGAGUGCGUCGACGCUGUUGGUCAGCAACGUCAAUGCGCAUGCAUUGAGGUGUGGCGGGUAUGGUUUGUACUCGAUUGGGACGCUGUUGCUGGUGGGUGGCAGCUCUCUUUACACGCGUUACUGCAGCUUUGAUGGAUACACAUACUUGUUGUACGUGUACAGGCUCAGUGUGAGUGACCAUUCUGUUUUUGCGCUGCUCAACAACACAAUGUUCUCCGGGACAAGCCUCCUGUAUCAGAGCGAUGCAUUCAGCGUGUCGGAUCACAGCGUGUUGCGCGUGGUAGGGAACCGCGUCUUUUCAUCCUAUGCUAUUUACGCUAACGUAUUGUGGACUGUUCAGCGGUCAAGCUGGUUGGACUGGCGCGACAACAACGUGGGAUUGGGAGCGAUUUUCAAAGUAUGGGAUUCCGCCUUUGUGAGCAUUGACGGCAGCAGUGUGGUGACGCUGACGGGCUGCAAGAUGGGCUCGACGGGGCUGUCGGUACCUCUGCUAUCGCAGGCUGACGCCGGCUAUCGGUUCGUUGCUGGGUGUUUGACGGUCGCGGAACGGGUGCAGACUACGGCGGAAGAACUGGAGCUCCACGGCAUCACCAACGUGACGACGGUUGUCGCGUGCGGGGAGCGCACGAAGGACGGCGACUGCUUUGCUCCGCUGACGACAGCGGUCAUUGACUGCAAGUGCCAGUGCGCUGCUGGAGGGCACGGCGAUGUGUGUGUCCCGGCGCCUGUGCCUGCUGGCCCGCCGCCACCGCCGUCGCCGCCACUGCGGCCCAUUCCGCCACCGCCGCCGGUUGGUGGGUGCAUCAGCGACAUGGUGUACCCCGAGGUUGCGCAGACAGUGGGCAGCGGGCUGUCGUGGCUGUGCUACCGCAACGUGACGUUCAGCGGGGAUGGCAUGAGCCUGACGGUGCUGAUUGGGGCGAUGACGGGCGAGGUGGCGAAUGUCACGUUCGAUGGAUGCACGUGGAGGGACGGUGCCGUGCUGGUGCUGGCGGGCAACGCGUACGCCUUUGUGGGGUCGCUGAACAUCGUUGUCACCGGCAACACAUUUAGUGACGCACUGCUCAGCCCGGAGGGUGGGUUUCCACCGCGCACGAACAUCACGAUUAGCGGGAACCGCUUCACGGUCACGAGGCUGAUCCCUCGGUCGGGUUUGGGAGCUAUGAGCCCGUCGUGUGUUGCGAUGAAUGGACUGGUGAUCGCCAAAGACUCCGCGGUGGUGCUGAGCAGCAAUGUGUUUCAGACCGUGACGGUAUCGUCAAUCGCCAUCUACUUUGUCGGAUCUUCGCUGAGGGUGUCGUGGCACUCCGUUUUUGCGGUGAUGGGCAACACGUUUCAUAUGGACGGCGGUGACGGUACGCCAAUACAUCUUGAGGGGUCAAGCCAACUCUCAUCGCUGAAGGUGCAGAACAAUUCUGCUGUGGUGAUCCGAGGCAAUGUUGUUUCGAGGCCGGUGAGGCACUUUUUAUUACUAAUUUUGGCAUUGCGUUUGGAGUCUCGGUCAGCGUUUUUGUUUCAGGGCAACGAAAUGCAGAGAAGCUCGGUUGUGUUUUUUUCAAGCCACUCUUCAUACAUUUACUACAACUCCUGGCUGCAGGUGAGCGGCAACCUCUGCCACAUGUCCCCAUCGGAUGCGUUUGCACUAUUGAACCCCACAGUGAAUCUCCACGACUCCAUUGUGUCUGUGUCUGGCAACCGAUUCAUGUCCAGCACGGACACGCCGGCAGUGCUGCGGAUACCCACGGGGUCCCAAUAUCUCACAAACGGAGCGAUUGUGGCUGCGUGCAACACCGUGAACGGCGAGGAGGGGGUGCAAUACGUCAUCCCGUCCGUGUACAAUGCCACCAUUCUGAACUGCAGUGAUCCAUGCAUCCUUGCGACGUCGUGCUUCCCCGCGUACACGACAACGGCCUCGAGUGAUGGCUGCGCCUGCACGUGCGCGGAGGGCGGCCAUGGCGAUGCGUGCCUGCCCGUUGCUGCUCCCGAGCCACCGAGCACCGACGGCGCCGACUUGUGCGUGCGGGACGUGAGUGUAGACGUGGAGGUGAGCGCCGGUCUCGGGACGUCGGUGGUGUGCUACGUUGGUGUGACCUUUGCGGCGGACGUCGUGGUGGACUUGGGGUCGAUGUCAGGGAGCGUGCGCAACGUGACGCUGGCGAACUGCACGUUUUUGGGCGGAGCGAGCCUGUACGUUGUGGGGUGGCGGUCCGACCCGACUGCUGGCGAGCGCGUCGAUGUGUUGAUCAGCGGGCUUGAGUCGCGCUCCGGCGGCGGCGUGCUGGUGGCGAACCGAUUUCCGCCGGGCUCGCGCGUCACUGUGGUGGACUCGGUGCUGAUUGCGGAGAGGCGUGUUGCGUACCGCGGCGCCUACGGCCUUGGCGACGCGUCCGCGUGCCUCGUGGUGCACAGCGUGAAUCUGACGGGGAGCGUGCUGACCAUCGCGCGCACGCACGUGGUGGCGGUGUUCCGCGAGGCUGUUGGCGUGUUGUUUGU